UCGUUCUAAACCUCCACCCCUAUCGUGACACGAGGCCCAUCGCUGCGUCACGUGCGUUCGGUCCAUCUCUAGUCUGAACUCUUAUUGAUGUUACAAUAACAACAAUAAAUGUAUAUUUACUAACCAUCAAAUGUUGAGGAGCGCAAAAUGUCGUCCGGGGGCAGAAACGAGCACACGUCAAAGUCAUCAAAUCGACGCCUUUUGGGCGACGACGAGCGGGAUAAGCUGAUAACCACGCCACGGCUGUCAAAUGUGGUUCCAGGAACGGGCAAACAGCCUGCCCAGGAGCGUCUCAAGCGGCUGCAGACCCAAUUGAAGCGGGUGCAGGACAAGAAACCCAUCAGGAACAAUGAGAAGAAGCGGGAGACCAUCAAGCGGAUCACCCGCAGCUCCUCCACAUCGCAGAUUGCCACCCCCGAUUCGGCGCCCAAUCGUCGAUUAAGUGCAUACACAUCCACGCCCAAGCGUCUGACGGCACAGACCAAGGUGGUCAUGUGUGCGUCACCCAGGAACGCCUGGGAAAAGCCAAAAGCCCUGGUGGAUGCCAACAAUCGCCUGAAGGCAGGACCUUCCCAAAGUGCCAACGAGCGUCUCACGCAGUUAAGGACUUUGCUGCAGCAGAAGCAGCAGAAUGAAGAGCGCAACAACAAUGAUGUGGCCAAGAUCAACGAAAAGGUCGUCGGAAAACAAGCAGAGAACUGUAACAUCUCAAAUCCAAGUGCAUUUAAUGGCUCAUCGUCCAGCGAAAUAAAGCCCGAGCCCAUGGAAUGGGAGGAGUCCAUUGAAGGCGAGUCCCCAAAGAAGGAUCAGGAUGAGGCUAAGGAAGAGGACGACAUUCUGCAGAUGCGGCAGGCAGCCGAUGGCGAGGAGCUGCCCACUCGGCUUGUGGACCUCAUGUAUUUCGUGCUGGACACCAACGUUCUGAUGCAAAACAUCAAGUUCGUGGAGAGUCUGACCGAGUUGGUGUUGCCAGGUACGGUGGGGAGCAUGUUGUACAUUCCCUACAUAGUAAUCAAAGAGCUCGACAAGCUGAAGAGUCAGUACAACUCGGAUAAUCCAAAGCGACUGGUUGCCGUGCGAGCAAUACGCUAUUUGAACACCAAGUUCGAUGAGAGCUUGGGAAUACAAGCUCAAUCCGCCGAGGAGGAGGCGGAUCAUCUGAUUAAAGUCGACUGCCCGGACGACAGCAUUAUAAAUUGCUGCCUGCAGCUGCAGGACCAGGUUCCCAACAUGAUGCUACUCACGAACGACGAGAACGUGCGACUCAAGGCCAAUGCCUCGGACAUCCAGGUCUCCUGUCGCUCCGAUCUGAUGUCCACCUAUGCGGAUGAGUUUGCAGCCCUCGGCGAUUAGCUGACAGCUGCCACACUACACAUAGUAUACGAAAGACUGUGACUGCGUUUGUGAUAUGGGAUCCGGAGGCAGUCGGAAGGGAUCCACCUGUCGAGCUGCACCACUGCACCGCAGCAUACAUGAAGUACAAUCGAUCUUUUACACAUAUGUACAUACAACACCUACAUUUAGAGAAAGGCCAGUGGAGUGUUCACUAAAGACUAAGUUUCGCAUAUUACCUAUAUAAUAUUACUGCCUUUUGCUACCAGCAAUGAAGUU